UGCCCGCUCUGCACAAACGCCGCUUUCUUCCGUUUUCCAUGUCAUUUCCUGUAAUAAAAACAUGGUGGUCAUAGCAGAGAGAAGCAGCAGCUGACUGCGUUACAAAUAUUUGGAGAUGAUAAACUUUGCGUCGCCCUGGACUACUGAAAUCCCCCCGCGCCGCUGCGUCACCACCGCGUUUCUCAAAGCGGCCGACGGCGAGAGGCGCUGCGCCUGACGACCACCAAAGACCCCCGACGCACUGCGUAUAAUCUUCAGACGGUUUAAGAUGUUGAAGUGAAACUGGACGCACAGGAGUCUCUCCUUCCUGCCAACAUCAUGGCGGAUUCUUCCUUAGUUCCAUCCCAGGCAUCCAUGGAAGUUGACUGCAGCUCCAGUACUCCAAAUGACAAGUCUUCAGAGGAGCCCAACAAAAAACUAAAAGUUGACCAUGAUAGUUGUGCCAGUUUAUGGUUCUGUGAGGAAUGCAAGGAGUAUUUUACGGAGCGGUGCCCUACCCAUGGUCCUCCUGUGUUUGUGCCAGACACCCCUGUGACAUCAGGGGUGCCCAACCGGGCAGCUCUCACGGUACCCUCGGGCAUCAGUGUUCUCCGAGAGAGGAAUACAGUGGAUGUCUGUUGUGUGGAUGAAAACAUACCAAAGGGGGCGCUGUUUGGUCCUUAUCAAGGCCAACUGAUGGCCUCAGAUAAACCUUCUGGGCCAUAUUCUUGGAUGAUUGUUGACGAGAACAACAAAUACAAAUUUAUUGAUGGAAGUGAUGAAACUACAGCUAACUGGAUGAGGUUCGUUCGGAUUUCUUCAGAUGAGAAUGAAAGGAACCUGAGUGCGUUUCAGCACGGCGAGCACAUCUACUUCCGGGUGUGUCGGAAACCAAAAGUGGGCGAGAAACUUUGUGUGUGGUACAGCAGCGAAUACAUGAGGCGACUGCAGAGUGUGUCACAGGACAGCAUUGACCGCAACCUGGACACAGGCAUGAAAUUAGAAGAGCAACAUCAAGAGGAGCCGAAAGGUCCGGUGCUGAGAUCUGCUGUUCAUGGUAGAAGGACCCUCAGCAAACAUGGAAGCGAUGAGGGAGAAAACCAACCCCAGGCCAAGAAAAAGAAGAUUGACCUGAUUUUCAAAGAUGUCGUUGAAGCAUCUCUAGAGGCCGGUCAAAGUCAGAACAACCCCCUCAACAGCACCUUGGCUUUUCCAAGAUCAAGAACAAACGUCUGCCAGGUUUUCAGCCCAUCUGAUGCCGAUUGCAAAGAGUCUGUCUUCGCCUCUGGAUUGGCUUCCAUGGAACACCUCGAGAGCAGCUUCGAUACAAAAUGUAUAAAAACGGAAGAAACAGAAGAAGAAGUGUCCCCACCCGGUGAAGGACCUUCAACGUCUUUUUGCCCAAACUGUGUGAGGCUAAAAAGACGAAUCCGUGAGCUGGAGGCCGAGUUGCUCCGUCUCAGAGGACCGGGGCAGGGUGAAGUUAUGCCUCCAUCCGAGCUCAUGCCCAAUGAAGACAUCAAAGAAGCCAUCACACCUAUGAUACCAGAAGAGGAUGACCAGGAUGUUGAUUCAGCAGAUGAAUCCAUUUCUGCCGACCUCAUUGUGGCUACGGACGAGUCUUCAAAGCUUACAGUGGGCUCGGGUCGUCGGAUCCGGCGCUUUAAACAGGAGUGGCUGAAGAAGUUCUGGUUUCUCCGUUAUUCGCCAACGCUCAAUGAAAUGUGGUGCCAUGUUUGUCGACAGUACACCGUCCAAUCCUCCCGCACCUCAGCUUUUAUCAUCGGUUCUAAGCAGUUCAAGAUCCACACCAUUAAACUGCACAGCCAAAGCAAUCUGCACAAGAAGUGUUUGCAGCUUUACAAGCUCCGCAUGCACCCGGAGAAAACCGAGGAGAUGUGCCGUAACAUGAUGACGCUCUUCAACGCAGCCUACCAUCUGGCUUUGGAAGGUAGGCCUUUUUCUGAUCUGCGACCCUUGACAGAGCUCCUAAAGAAGUGUGAACUGAAAGUGGUGGAUCAGUACAUGAACGAAAACGACUGUCAGAUUCUCAUCCAACACAUCGCUCGAGCCUUCAAAGAAGAUUUGGCCGAGAAGAUCCGCCUUUCGCCGUUUCUAAGCAUCAUCAUGGACGGCCAUAAUGAUGAUCUCCUGGUUGACACUGUCGCCGUUUAUGUACAGUUUACUACCACCGAUGGGCUUCCUGCCACUGAAUUCCUCUCCUUACAGAGACUUUGUGUAGGCAACGUGGAAGGCUAUCUCCAGGCGGUGGAUAGUGCCUUUGGUGGCCUUGGUCUGAGACUGCAAGACAUGCUUGUGGUUGGUUUGGGAAUCGAUGGCUCCAACAUGCCCUCCAGCUUGAGGGCAAAUCUUUACAUAGGCAUACGAAAGACCAUCCCUUGGGUGUUGUGUCUGCCUAUGAUGAUCCAUCGUCCUCAUUUAGAGGUAUUGGAUGCCAUUAGUGGGAAGGAGCUUUCAUGCCUGGAUGAUUUGGAGAACAAUUUGAAGCAGCUGCUUAGCUUCUAUCGGUAUUCCCCACGCAUGAUGGCUGAGCUAAGGUCAACAGCACCGAAUCUGUCUAAAGAAACAGAGUUUCUAGGGGAUAUAAGAGCCGUUCGUUGGAUCAUAGGGGAGCCCAACGUUCUCAAUGCCCUUAUUAAGGAUUACCUUGAGGUAGUUGCUCACUUGAAGAGCAUAAGCAACCAGACCCAAAGGGGUGAUGCUUCUGCGAUCGCACUGUCUCUCCUACAGUUCCUGUUGGACUACCAGUCUGUGAAGCUCAUUUAUUUUCUGUUGGACAUCAUUGCUAUCUUUUCACGGCUCGCAUUCAUCUUCCAAGGUGACUAUCUGUUAGUGUCACAGGUGGAUGCAAAAAUUGAAGAUGCCAUUCAUGAGAUCGGUCAGUUGGUGGACUCUCCUGGAGAGUACCUACAGGAAUUUGAGGACAACUUUCGUGAGAGUUUCAACGGCGUGGACCUCAAAAACCUACGUGUUGCCGAGUCCAAGUUCCAGUCCAUUCGAGAUAAGAUCUGCCAGAGGAGUCAAGGCAUCCUCGCCCAACGUUUCGAUCCACGGAGUCGUACGGUCGUACAGGCUUGUCAAGUCCUCGACCUAGCCUCGUGGCCUCUUAACAGGGAUGAUCUUGGUGCAUACGGAGAGGAUGAGAUUCUUCUUAUUUUUGACCACCUGGAGACUAUUCGCUCAUCCGGUCGUGAGCUCUUGCAAGAAAGAGUGGAUGCCAGAGGAAGUCUAGUAGUCGAAUGGAGAGAUUUAAAAGCUGAUUAUUGUAGUGUGAAUGGUUUUAAGGAGGUAGUGAGCCACAUCUGCAGAUACAAGCAACGUUUUCCUCUUCUCAAUCACAUCCUGCAGGUUGUCAGGGUGUUGCCAACAUCAACAGUAUGCUGUGAUAAGGGAAGAGGGUUCUUACAGAAAAUGCACCGAAAUUGUCGUUCCAGACUGACUGUGGAUCAGACGAACGAUCUGCUCAUCUUAUCAGUUAAUGGCCCACCCAUCGGGAGCUUUGACGGAAAGCGUGCAUUGGACAGCUGGUUUGAGGAGAAAUCCGGCAACAGCUAUUCGCUUUCGGCAGAGGUGCUGAGCAGAAUGUCCAACGCCGAGCAAAAGUCUGUGUUGCAUAAUAUGGAUAUGAAUGCCGAGUUUUAUCCCGACUGAUCGGAGCCAAUUCCUCAGCCAAAAUAAUUCCCCAAAAAAGCCAUCUCAUUGGAAAAUGGCUGAUCGGGACUUUAAUGUGAUUGGCCAAGUGAUUUGACAUUGGCCCUGCUGCUAAAAUGGCCUGGUUCAGCGUUUUCUUUAAGAUGUAUGAAUGCCUUGCAGGUCACAGGCACGUUAAAUACAUCAGAAUGUUCACAUAAAUGGUUGUGAUGUGUUGA